GGUCUGAGAAUUGAAAUCCCCAACUCUUCCAGUCCUCCGAUUCUCAGCUAGUCGCCGCCGUCGCCGCCGCAGUGUAGGCGUCGCUCAACCGGCACAAAUGCAAUCGGUAAUGCUCACAAAUUUUUAUGCUCUUUACCGAAUUUUGAUCGGAAGCUUCCAAACCCUAGACUAGUUGAAGGACCAACUUGCAAAAUUUCUUCGAUUCGAUUCGAUGGCGAGCAAAGAUCCUCCGUUGAUAAUCAGAGGUAAAGAUGAAAUGAGAGAGUGGUCGAGAUCAGCCAGAGCAGAAGGCAAGACCAUCGGCUUAGUUCCGACGAUGGGGUUUCUCCACGGCGGCCAUCUUUCUCUGAUCCAUGAAUCUAAAAAGCACGCUGAUCUCACCGUCGUCUCGAUUUAUGUAAAUCCAGGCCAAUUUUCCCCCAACGAGGAUCUAUCCACUUACCCCUCCGAUUUUGACGGCGAUAUUCAGAAAUUGAACAGCGUUAGUGGCGGCGUCGACGUCGUUUUCCACCCACAAAAUCUGUACGAUUACGGUGGCCGGAGAAGUAGUGGCGGAGAAGAAGAAGAGGGGAAGGUGGUUUCAUGCGUGGAAAUUAAUGGUGGGAUGGGUCACGAGACGUGGGUGAGAGCUGAGAGAUUGGACAACGGUUUGUGUGGGAAUAGUCGGCCUGUUUUCUUCAGAGGUGUCGCCACCAUUGUUGCCAAGCUGUUCAAUAUUGUCGAGCCUGAUGUUGCUGUGUUUGGGAAGAAGGAUUAUCAGCAGUGGAGGAUUAUUAAAAGAAUGGUCCGAGAUCUCGAUUUCGGGAUAAAUGUGAUUGGUGCAGAUUUAAUUCGCGAUGAAGAUGGCCUUGCAAAGAGUUCACGUAAUGUGCACUUGUCUCCCCAAGAAAGGGAGAGGGCAUUGUCAAUAAGCAAGUCGCUGUCGAAUGCGAAAUUUGCAGCAGAAAAUGGUCAGUUAAAUUGCAAAGAGUUGAGAGAUUCUGUUAUCCAGGCCAUACAAGAAGCUGGUGGAAAAGUUGAUUAUGCAGAGAUUGUAGAGCAGGAAAGUUUGGAAGCACUGAAAGAGAUUAGUAGUAGUAGUCCUGCUGUGUUCUGUGUUGCUGCAAUUUUCGGAAAUGUCCGCCUCCUCGACAAUAUGGAAAUCAACGUUUGACGGAAUGGCUACAAAACCAUAUGAAUACUAACCACUGGUUUACCAACCAUUACACACUCGUUUCCCAUAUACAAAAAAUGGGAAGCUCGUGAGAAUUUUACUCGGAAUUUAAAAUAGUUCCAAUUACAAAUGUAGAACACGUUAGAAUUGCCUUGAAACCGUAAAAAACAAAUUAAAUAAUUGUAAUAGUAAUAAAAUACAUAGAAGAUCAUCAAGGAAACGAGCACCGUCGUACAAUUCCAUAUUUCUCAAUAUUUAUAAUUUAACAUCAGCA